CCUGAAGAGGGUUUAAACUUCAAAGCGUAAAGGGCUGCUUCUGCACCGUUAUUUUCAAAGCAUUUGCCUCUGUAUUUUAGCCAAUUAAGAAGAAGAACAAGAAGGGGAAUUCAAAAUUGAAAGGGCCAGGCAAAGUAGAUUACCACGAAUUAUUACUAGCAUUAGCAGCCACCAAGCAUUGAAAUUAGUAUAUCGAUUCGAUUCUGUUUUUCUGGGGUUGAGUGAGUGUGACUGAGGCGACAAUGAAGAAGCUCCGAUGCGCAAUAGACGGUGAAUUAUGGGAAUUGGACGCUUCCACCCCUCGUACCCUUGAAGGAGCGGCGCGUGCUGUUCCAGGGAAGGCAUUACCUUUGGGUUUAUCAAGAGGGACUAAACUUUUCAGGCCUAACCAGAUCGAUUUCAUGCAACGGUUCAUGGCUGCCCCUUUUCUUCCCUCUUAUACCCAUUACCUUGGGGUUACAAUUCAGCGAGUAUUGAGCAUCCCUGUUAGUGAGAAUUGGUCUGCUCUUUUGCUUGGUCAGUUCAACCUGCGUAAGUUUUUGUCGUCUUUAAAGGAAAAUGGAGGUGGAGAUGGUGUGCGUAAGCGUGACCUUAAAUCAAUUGGGAAGCUUUUUCUUGAUAAGUCAUUGUAUGCCCUUGGGUUCUCUUCCGAAGUGUUGUUAACCCCUGAUGACACUCUGCUUUUAAGCUCUGAUUCAUAUUAUGCUCAUAAUUCCUCUUCCAUUCCUAGAAAGAAAGCUGUUUUCCAUCAUAAGUUUCCACAUCAUAAUUUGACAGUGGAUGCAGCUUGGCCUGCUCUCUUUGUGGACAAAGAGACUGGUACUUACUGGGAUGUGCCUUUCUCCAUGGCAAUUGAUUUGGCUUCUCUUCCAUUGGAUUCUGGUCUCAGUUAUCAUUUGUGCCUACACCAUAACCAUGGGUCACCAAAGCAAUUUCAAGGUGAUCCCAUUGCUCAAGUCCCCGCUUCUCUAUUUCCUGGCGUUUCUGCUAAAUGCGCCUUUUCUUACGAGAAGAAUGUUGACAUUUGGAGAAGCAAAGCUCAGAAACUGAAGAUGGUUCAACCGUAUGACAUAUUCCUUUCAAAUCCCCAUGUUUCAGCAUCAGGAACCAUUGGUGCUGCUUUGAGUGCGAAUUUUGGGGAGAGUUCGGUCAGAUUAGUUGAAGAUGCUAAAGAUAUUAAGCAGUUAUCAUAUCAUAAUCCAACUCUAAAAUCUACCCUUCUAGGGGAUAUAUUUGCAUCCAUGUCAUUUACGGCCCAGCACGGGAACUUCCAACGGCUAGUUUCUGAUCUUACAAGAUUUCACGUUCGCAUGGAUUUCCCUUCUGGUUCUAAAUUCCUUUCAGGUGCCACACUAUUAGUUCAAGAUCUUUUGAACUCACACCAGCCUAGUCCAGAAGCAGUUAAAAUGAUCUGCCCAACUACCUCCCUUUCACUUCAGCAGCAGAUUGCAGGGCCUUUCAGUUUUAGAGUUGAUUCAGGGGUUGUGAUUGAUUUCAAGGACAAAGGUUGGCACAUACAAGCAGACCAACCAGUGUUUGCAAUUGAAUAUGCAUUGCAGGUCCUUUGGUCCGCAAAGGCUGUUGCUUGGUAUUCCCCAAAGCAUCAAGAGUUCAUGGUAGAGCUUCGUUUUCUCGAGAGUUAAACCCCCUUUUUCUUUCUGCCCUUUGUGUAUGUUUUUGAAGUUUCCAUUAUUGUAUCUUCUACUGCCUUCAAUUAUUUCAAGGAUGUUCCUCACCUUUUCACA